AUGUCUGACCUUAUAUAUACAACAAACACAGUUGCUAUUAUUAACAAUUUGGAUGAGACAGAAAGUCAAAACAUUGAUAAAAUUAAUAGUUGUAUUUCCUCAGAGUCAUCUCGUGAAAUAGAGAUCAUUGCAAAUACCUCACAAAACCAGACACAGAAAUGUAUUACAAAUUUUGUUGUAGAUUCAAAAGUACCUUAUAAUAUAAAAACUAUUAAUCAAGUUAACAAUCAAGAUAAAUUAGCAGUAGAUCAAAAUAUAAUAACCAAAAUUAUUCAAGAUUUGUUGGAAGAGUUAUUCUUACCAGACAGACAACUUCAAGAUAUAAAGUUUUUUUUCCCCAGAACUCUAAUUCUUGGAUCAAUAAGUAUCAAAAAACUUGCUAAUUUUUUCUACCAAGCGAAUGUUGCUAGAAAUAAAUUGAUCAUAGCAAAGUUUAAAGAUAAGAAACUUGUAGAUAAGACCACAAGAUCACAAAUAUAUGCUGAAAUGAAACUAUAUCUUGUGGAACAGGUCAAAUCAAAGACAAUUACUAGUCAUGUAAACAAAAUCCCCAAAACCAUAGCUACUUCAAUUCACAACAUGAAUAAUAGUUCUAAUAGGAUAUCAGAUAUUACAGUUUACUUUAAUGAGGAGGUUUUUAAAGAAGAAGAAACAAAUGAAUUGAUUGAAAGAGUCUCUAAAAAGUUUAAAGUAAUUACUAAGGCACCGGAAGCACAAGUGAAGCCCUUAGUUUUAAACAAAUAUGAUAUAUAUUUUGAUAAAGAUUUAAAGAAGGAUGAAGAAGAAUCUAACGAAGUUAAGUCAAAUAAUGAUAGCGAUUCUAGUAAUUUCACUUGUUCUAAUAAUGAAAAAGAUGCAG